AUGUUUGAGAGAAGAUUAGCGGAGAUGCAAGCAGCAUCAGAUAGCGAUACUUACACGAGAUUCAAGCCCGGUCCACGGGGCUACACCGAGUCGCAGUUGAUGAGAAGAAGAUGGGCGCGAAUGUUCAGGACUUUUGUCACUCCUCUGGUUGUUCUAGCGCUAGUCUUUGCCUUCGCCCAUUAUGACCGUCAAAACAGAAUGCGGGAGCAGCAACCAGGGUGUCAAAUCGCGGGGGAUUUUGAAGGGAUCGCGCGCCACAGCGCCGUUUCGAUCCCACGGUAUGAGUUCAAGAAAAUUGUAGAGAUUCUAGAAGAAGAUGAGAAGCUCGUUUGCACUUCAGAGAUCCAUCACAAUUACACAGCAGAUUUCAAACUAGAGAAAAUCACGAAGUCAGACCAGACGCCGACGCCAUAUCUCAUUUGCCGGAGCCCCUUCUGCACUAAUGCUGAAUACAAACAUAAGGUUUUCUUUGGCAUUCGAGGCAAUUUGGCGAAAGCGAGCCAUGCGACUGACUACUACGUGAAACGGCACAUCCAAGAACACCAUCGUUCAAUUACAACCGACGCCGAAGAGCUUGAGGAAAUCGCCGCAGAAACUUGGGAUCGAGCGUGGGCGGUGGCGCGCGAUCCCUUCUCGAUCCCCCGCGAUUUGACACCCUGGCAGCAACUGCGCGACUACUACUACGCAGCUUACGACUACGACGCGCAAUACCUAGCCUACCAAGCGCAGCAGCAGCCAAUGUCGCUCUACGGCGAGAUUCUGCAGCCAGAACUGACCGUGGACGGAGCUCACAUGAGCUUUGUUCCAAGCGCCGAAGCACAGGCCUUCAAUCAAGGAUAUCCUCAACCUGCUCCAGUUGCCCAAGAAGUUCCCGCCCAACCCGUUGCCCCCGCCGCUCCUGCUGCCCCAGCAGUUCCAGCCGCCCCCGCAGCCCCCGUUGCUCCAGCCCAGCCCGUCGCCCCUGCUGAACCGAUCGCUGCUGCAGCUCCUGUUGCCCCCGCCGCACCAGUCCCCGUCGCUGGCGCUGCCCAACCCGUUGCCCCAGCGGCCCCAGCUGCUCAAGUUGCCGCCGUUGACACCCCAGUUGCCGCCGCUGCUCCUGCUGCGCCUGUCCAGCCCGUUGUUGAGCAAGCACCUGCAGCUCCACCUACACCACCAGCGCCGACGGAGCCGCCAAAAGCGAUGUUCGCCGGAGGAGAAUUGAAACAGCACGAAAUGAUGCUGCAAGAUGAAGCACAAGUUGAGGUGAAGCAGAAGAAGGUUCUGCCGCCAGUGAAGGCUAAGCUUACAGAAAACAAAGAAUACGUCGGAGACGUUGUCUGGCCGACAAUGGACGAAUUAACCGUCCCGCAAGAAGUAAAGGCCAAAUACGCUGAUUGGUACAAAGUCGGAAUGAACAGACAACGACAGAAAAAUCACGGCGAUGAAGAACCUACAGUUAGAUAUCCAGAUCUCAUCAUCACAGGGGCAAAAAAAUGCGGAACCACUGCUUUGAAAAUCUUCAUGAACUACCACACUUGGUUCCAGGACACCCCCGGCGAGCGUCAUUUCUUCAACCGACCAACCAACUGGGCGAAAGGCUACCAAUGGUACCACGAUGAAAUGCCGCUGACGUUCAAGGACGAAGUUUGCUAUGAAAAGACCCCUGAUUACUUUGACCGGCCGUUUAUUCCGGAGAGAAUUUCAAAACUGGAAAAUGCAAAGGACAUCAAAUUUGUUCAUGUCUUGUGCGAUCCGGUCAGAAGAGCAUUUUCGCAUUUUCUGCACAUGUUCACGGUCCAGCAAGUCGGUCAAGGAGGCGUUGGAGGACCUCAACCUGGUUUUGAGUUUCUUCAAGAAAACUUCGCUGACAUCACAAAAGAAGAAGCCUUCGAAAAAACCGUCGAGAUGGCGUUUGGCAAUCUCCUCGGAAAAGACAAGGACAUCGACGAAAUGACCGACGACGAAAUCCGAGCUGCAGUUGCUGAUUAUUUCACCCGCUGGGAUUUGAAGCCCGGAACGAAGGGUCGAGUCUUUCCGCUGCGAAUUCCUGAUGCUGUUCUUACUGGAUCCCUCUACUCGACGCAUAUCAAUACUUGGCUGCAUUACUUUACACAAGAUCAAAUGCUGUAUUUGGAUGCGACGGAGUUGAUUGAAAACCCUGGAAUGUCGCUCAGAAGAGUUGCUGAUUUCGCCGGGGUGCCGCAAUUGAUUACCGAAGAAAACUUCUAUUUUGACGAUGAAAAAGGGUAUUUCUGUAUGAAGCCGCCAGUAGAAAGUGCCCGAGAAAGCUUCUGCCUUGGGUCGAGUAAGGGAAGAUCGAAGGAUAAAUCGCUUCCGACGGAGCUCAAGAGAAGAAUCAGAAAGUUUUUCAAUCCUUUUGUGAAAGAUCUGGAGACAAAGUUCACGGGCGACAACUACGAUCAUUGGGACUGGUAG